AUGUCAACAGUUGAUUUUGAAUAUUUAAUUAACAAGAUUUUUCCUUUAAUAAGUAAACAAGAUACACAACUGCUACAAGCUUUAUCAGCUAAAAUGCGUUUAGCAAUAACAUUAAGAUAUUUGGCCACCGGAGCCAGUUCGCCAACAAAACGUAAUCGAAGUGGUCGUCUCGACUCAUGUGAAAAAAAUAAUUCCACAAACGAUACUGCUUUUCUCCAGGUUUAA